AUGGAAUUUGAUAGAAUAAGAAAGCUCCAGGGAGAAAGAAAGUGGCUUCAAUUUUGCUCUAUGAUAAUUGACUCGAUGAACACCCAUCCCAUAGAUAAGCUCCUAGACGUCUUUCUGGAAAGUGCAGGACAGGUGCAUCCUAGGUCAUCUUACGAAGUCUUUCUAGCAUUUUCUGAGAGGCUGGCUCCAGAGGAAGGAAUAAGGGUUCUAGCGCUCGGAAGAAACAUAAUAGAAGGGUCUCUCCUGUACUCGGAGUCCUUUGAGAUAGAGAAGAUGUUCCUAGACAUAAAGAAGUGCCUGCUUCUAGUUGAGAUAAACGAGAUCAAAGGAGUUGAAAAAAUGCUAUUCGAGUGGAAAGGUUUCAAGAUGCCAAGGAAUGUGAGAAUUAUGUACAAUUUCCUGGGUUUCAAAUUCUAUCAAAAAAUUCAGAAUAUCGAGGCGGCCCUUUCCUAUCUUCUUCGGUAUGUAAGUUUAUUGGGCUCUGAAGAGCUUAUAGAUACUCUUGUGGAGUAUGCUUUAUUAAGUAAGGAGUUUUUCAACUUUACCUUGAUAACAUCGUUACCCGGGUUUAGCAAAAUGAGGAACAAGGAUUUGAAGGAGAUAUUCAUGAUGUUUAGGGAGGGAGACAUAAGAGGGUUGGAAAGAAAGAAUGAUGAAUUCAACAAGAUCUUUGGAGACAAUGCCAGCAUAGUCAAGGAAAAGGCAUACAUGAUAGCUUUAAUAAACAUCUGCUUUGCGGAGGCCGAAAAGAAGAUAUCAAUUAAGAAAAUUGAGAAAUCACUAAAGAUACCAAGCAAAAUGGUUAUAUAUAUAGUUUUGAAGUCCUUUGGGCUAGGGUUGAUCAGUGGAUGGAUUAACGGAGAGGAAGGGAUUCUCUACUUUGACAGCCUUAUUCCAAGAGCACUUCAGAAAGAGGAGGUAGUGAAGCUCAAGGAAAAAUAUGAUGUAUGGGAGAAGAAAGUGCAGGAGGUCAUUGCCAUGCUAAAUAACUAA